UGCUCUAACACAGGGGUUCCCUGGAACAGAAACAGUCCCAGAGAGAGGAAGAGAGAGGGGGAGAAAGAGGAGUAGGGAUGAAACUGAAGGUAACAGAUGAAGCUAAAGCUCUUGGGAUGUGCUCACUGUUCUGGGACAAGCUGCUGUCUGUGUCGCUGCAGAAGUUAGAGGUCUGAAGAUUUUAAUGGUCCUUCAGGAGCUAGUUACCUUCAUCUAGCUGCUGCCAAGGAAGACCAUCAUCUUCAUGACAACUAAAAUUUGUCUCUGGAAAGGAUCUAGCAAAAGCCAGCAGGACUUUUACCUGAAUCAUUAGAUGAGAUGUGAGGAAACUCUGGUUUCUUUGAUGGUGAAACUAUGUCUCUGUAGUUAAAGUGAAGUGCAGUAGAAGUUGUCCCUGAAGAUUAGUAUCGGAGAAAAAUACAAGUAGAAGAAUACCACCCUCAAAUUCAAUAGUGUUUGGAACAAUGGUCUAUCCACGGCUCCCUCCUGCCCCAUUCCUCUCUCCACACUUGGUCUUUCUUGCUGGACUGCUGCUUGUCGGACGCUGGGCACCUUUGGAAGUGAGAGGCCAGAAUGACACAGAGCCGAUCGUGUUGGAGGGAAAGUGUCUGGUCGUUUGUGACUCUACGCCGUCAGCAGAACCAUCAGGAAGUGCUCUAGGCUUGUCCGUGAGGUCAGGAACGGGUCGGGUGGCAUUUUCAGCCAUCCGUAACACCAACCAUGAACCAUCAGAGAUGAGCAACCGCACCAUGACCAUCUACUUCAAUCAGAUUUUGGUGAACGUUGGCAGCCAUUUUGAUCCAGCGACGAGUAUCUUUGUGGCCCCCAGGAAAGGAGUCUACAGCUUCAGCUUUCAUGUUGUUAAAGUUUACAACCGCCAGACGAUACAAGCGAGUUUAGUUCUCAACGGCUGGCCGGUGAUCUCAGCUUUUGCAGGGGACCAGGACGUGACAAGGGAAGCUGCCACCAAUGCUGGGUUGGUGAUAAUGGAGCGAGGGGACAAGGCGUACCUAAAACUGGAGAGGGGGAACCUGAUGGGAGGAUGGAAGUACUCCACCUUCUCUGGGUUUCUGGUGUUCCCCUUGUAGGGUCUGUUGAGAUGAUGUUGUGUGGGUGGAAGAGGGAGUAACCGUAUUGGAAUCUACGUUGAACUUAUCUCAAUCUGUUGAUUGGGUGAAUUUUUGUUGCACCAAACACUCUUGAAUGUAAUUUCCAUAGUGACUGCACUUUUGUGGCCUGUUCCCUCUUGUCUGCUGCAGGUAUUUAAUCUGUUCUCAUGCAUGCUCCAGAAGUUUAGUUUGUGGUUUUACUUUUAUGCAUGAAACACAGUUUACACAAGGCUUGUGACAUUAAAUAUCAUUGCUGUCUGUU